UCACUUUCUUCUUCUUCUUCUUCCAAUACAGGCGAAGGACUCUGAUUCUUCAAAUUUCUUCUCAAUACCGGCUAUUUUGCCUAAUUAACUCUGCAGAAAUGGCGAAGUCCUGCAAAGGUCUGGCUACGGAGCUCGUCAAAUGUCUCAGCGAAUCGGAUUGCAUUAAGGUGGAGAACCGGCCGUACAGAGAGUGUGCUAAAGAGCAAAGCCCUAAUAUUUCGAGCGAGUGUGUGGGGCUGAGAGAAACGUAUUUCAACUGCAAGAGAGGACAGAUUAAAUAUGAAGAUCCACAAAAAAUGAUUAGGUGCUCUAAAAAGAAUUGUAUUCAGGAAAGGAUUAAAAAAAUAUUAAGCAUGAGUGGGAACUAUGCGACAUCACACUUGGGAGAAAGUGAAGGGAGUCUUAAAAGCCUUGUUCUGCUAAGAGGAAUGUUUCAGGGAAGAGGAAACGGAUGCACUUAAAUGAUAGUUGAUAUGAGAGCUC